AACGAUGUUCACAGCUAAGUCAGAAAUCAACCUUCUAUUCUCAAGAAGUUAAUGAAGAUCAACUGAACGAGCCUCAUAUAGAGUCUUUGACAUCUAGUCAAAUUCAUCCAAUAUCAAUCUAUAAUAUAACAGCUUUUGUAAAUCAAUCAUAUUUAAACAAUUUUGUUGCCUUUGAUACGUUUACUAAUUAA